AUGCAAUUUCAAGGCAACAACUGGCGAAACACAUGGAAAGUGGACCUUAUCACUGGUCUGAGGUCGAUUUUACCGCCGGGAAAGUCAAGCGCCACCCUGCCGGAAAAUAAAUCGCCGGAUCUGGGAAAAGUGUUUGUUCGCAUGAUGGGAUUUUGCAUCUGCCCGUUGGAUACGCCGGCGAGGUUGCUCUGGUGCUCGAGCUUCUUCCGCCACAAGCUGAUGUUAUUCUAA